UACUCUUAAAACUUCAACACACAUUCUCUCUAACCAGGGUUCUUGCGAUGGAGAAGAAAAGCUUAUUACAUAAAGAUGGGGUCUUAUUGCAGCACCCUCUUUUCUUUUUUCUUACUCUAGCUUUAGGCUUUGUUGUAAUGGAUCCCUUUAAAAUGGGACCGCUAGGGCGCCAUGACUUCAGGCCUGUUGAGCAUGAUGUUGCACCUUAUAAGCAAGUUAUGGAAAACUGGCCAAGAGAUAAGGAAGCGAGACUAGGAACUGGGAAACUGGAGUUUGUUGAUGAAGUUUUUGGCCCUGAAUCCUUGGAGUUUGAUAGCCUGGGGCGUGGCCCUUAUGCCGGACUAGCCGACGGACGCAUUGUUAGAUGGAUGGGGGAAGCUGUUGGAUGGGAAACAUUCGCAGUUGUUACUACAAACUGGUCAGAGAAGAUUUGCGCUAAAGGAGUUGACUCAACCACAGCAAAGCAAUGGAAGCACGAGAAAAGGUGUGGUCGUCCACUUGGCCUAAGGUUCGACAAAAACACUGGAAAUCUGUACGUUGCUGAUUCUUAUUAUGGUCUUCUGGUUAUUGGACCUGAAGGAGGACUUGCCAAGCCUUUGGCAACUCAAGUAGCUGGGAAGCCAAUACUCUUUGCCAAUGAUCUUGACAUACAUGAAAAUGGAUCCAUUUUCUUUACAGAUACCAGCAAGAGAUAUGACAGAGUGAACCAUUUCUUCAUAUUGCUAGAAGGAGAAUCCACUGGCAGGCUUCUAAGAUAUGAUCCUCCAACAGGAACAACUCAUAUAGUAUUGGAUGGAUUAGCAUUUCCAAAUGGGGUACAAUUGUCUAAGGACCAAAAAUUCCUUCUCUUCACUGAGACCACCAAUUGCAGAAUAAUGAAAUACUGGAUAGAGGGUCCAAAAACUGGAAACGUGGAACUUGUAGCAAACCUACCAGGAUUCCCAGACAAUAUCAGAGUAAAUGACAAAGGGCAUUACUGGGUAGCAAUAGAUUGUUGCAGGACUCGAGCACAGGAGAUCCUUACACACAAUCCAUGGAUUAGAAGCGUAUACUUCAGAUUACCAAUCCGAAUGAGCAUCUUAGCCAGAUUGAUGGGGAUGAAGAUGUACACUGUUGUAUCAUUAUUCAAUGAAAAUGGAGAAAUCUUAGAAGUUCUAGAGGAUCCAAAGGGAGUAGUAAUGAAGUUAGUGAGUGAAGUUAGAGAGGUACAAGGAAAGCUGUGGAUUGGAACUGUUGCUCAUAACCAUAUUGCUACACUUCCUUAUCCUUAGCUGCUAUGAGAUGUCUUGAUGACUUUUACUUGACUGUGAUGUGUACUAAUGGCUGGCUGCCUUCAUUUGAAAGUUCUGUAACAAUAUUGAUGAUGAUGAUUAAGUGUCUGAUGAACUUGGUAUUUUGUGGGAUUUUAUUUCUCUUUAGUCACUAAUAAAGUAUUCAUUGCGGCUGUUCCAAA